AUGCAGAGAAUUGGACUGGUUGGCGAUGAACGUUUUGAUCAGUCUUUUAUGCAACCAUCAUUAGAGAAAUUCCCACAAGAGGAGCUCCAUCAAACAGAAGAAAGCAUGGCAACGACUUUGGUAAGCAAUGGUUGUGUUGAUAUUCGAGGAAGAAUUGCAGACAAGAGAACUACUGGAGGAUGGAAAGCUGCUCCUUUUAUUAUAGUGAAUGAAGUUGCUGAGAGGUUAGCAUUUUAUGCUAUAGCUGUGAACAUGGUAGCUUACUUGGUUUUUCAAAUGCAUCAGUCACUUCCAGAUGCUGCAACUCAUGUGACUGACUGGAUAGGAGCUGCUUUUGUCCUUACACUUUUCGGAGCGUUUUGUGCCGAUGCUUACCUGGGCCGAUUCAAGACCAUCAUUAUUUUCUCUUGCAUCUAUGCAGUGGGAAUGGUAUUAUUGACGCUCUCAGCUUCUAUAGACAGCUUACGUCCACCACAAUGCAAGGUAAGGCCAUGUCCAAAAGCAACCGGUGGCCAGACAUGGUUCUUGUAUGGUGCACUGGCCCUUAUAGCCCUUGGUACCGGCGGUAUCAAACCAUGCGUCUCAACUUUUGGUGCUGACCAAUUCGAUGAGGCAGAUAUUAAAGAAGUGCCAAAGAAAUAUGCAUUCUUCAAUUGGUUCUUCCUGGCUAUAAAUAUGGGGGCGAUGUUUGGUAUAACCGUAUUUGUAUAUAUACAAGAUAAUAAGGGAUGGGCUUGGGGUUUUGGGCUACCUACAGGGGCCAUGGUUAUUUCCAUCGUCAUUUUAGUAGCUGGCAUUCCUUUUUAUCGUUUCCAAGAACCCAUGGGGAGCCCUUUCACCAGGUUUGUUCAGGUCAUGUGGACUUCUGUAAGGAAUCAUUUGCAUGGAGUUCAGGUGGGACAUCAAACGGAGCUUUACGAGGUUAAUACCAAUGAAUCUGAUAUUAAGGGCGCCCAAAAGCUGUCUCACACCAUACAAUACAGUUUCUUGGACAAGGCAGCAGUUGUGACAGAUCCUGAGGCCGACACAAGGAACCGUUGGAGACUUUGCACAGUAACACAAGUAGAGGAAUUCAAGUCCUUUAUAAGAAUCCUCCCAGUAUGGGCAUCCACAAUUGCACUCUCCAUAUCCUUUGCUCAGCUCUCAACCUUCUUCAUCAGCCAAGCAAGCAUCAUGGACCGAAAACUCGGCUCCAACUUCAUAAUUCCAGCAGGUUCUGUCCCCAUCUUCAGCGUCAUCAAUGCCCUCAUUCUUGUCCCCAUCUACGAAAAAGUGAUAGUCCCUAUCCUCCGUAAACGCACAGGCCACUCCCGCGGCAUCACAUCUUUGCAACGUAUUGGAGUUGGUUUGUUCAUUUCAAUAUUUGCUGUAGCUUCUGCUGCAUUGGUAGAAAAAAAGAGACGCCACAGCCCUAACCCUUCAGACAUGAGUGUGUUUUGGUUGUUUCCACAGUUCUUUCUAAUAGGCAGUGCAGAAGUUUUCUCCUACGUAGGACAGCUAGAGUUUUUCUACGAUGAAGCAACCGGUGGGACAAGAAGUAUUAGUAGUGCAAUGUUUCUUAGUGAAAUUGGGAUUGGAAGUUGGUUAAGUACUGCAAUAGUUAAGAUCACUGAAAGAGCAACUGGCGGAGAAGAAAAAGGGUGGUUAAGGAAUAAUCUUAAUUUAAGCAAGCUUGAUUAUUUCUACUGGGUGUUAACCUCGAUUAAUGCAGUUAAUUUGGCAGUUUAUGUGUGGAUUGCUGUUCUUUAUAAGGGUAGGGGUGGUGCAGCUAGGAGUGUGAGAAGUGAAAGUGUGUUUGAAAUGGGUGACGGUGCUUUGCUGGAGAAAGAGGAUGAUUAAGGUGAAAAAUUCUGAAGUGUGGCCUUUUAGAACAAUUGCAUUUGCUUGAUUUGAUUCCUAAUUUCGAUGUCUGCUGUUUGAUUUAAUCGUGUAUGUUUGAAGACAUUACUUUUUUUCACUUUAAUGUAAUAUUUUAUUUAUAGUCUA